AUGGAGGCUAAACUUUGGCCUCAUUUCAGCUUUUACCUUCGGAGACAGUUUCCGAAUGCACCUCCUUUUGAUGGAUGUCCGUUUAUUGUAUCCCAAAUUGAAAAUGUUACCAAACAUCUCACUUUCCUAUGUUUGCAAAAAAUUAUGUGGUCCUUCACUCGAUUGGAAGCCUAUCUUGAACACAUUUCCACUAUUUAUAGUAGCUCUGAUUAUAAAAAUUGUGAAUCUUUAAAAGAAGCUGCUGUUUUAGUACCAAUCACCAUAAAGAACCGCGUGCCUUACGUGUUGUGUACAGUUCGUUCAUACAAUUUAUCAAGUUAUCCUGGACAAGUGUCGUUUCCUGGCGGCAAAAGGGACAAACAGGAUGUCGAUAUUACUGCUUCAGCUCUCAGAGAGACGCUUGAAGAAAUUGGUUUGUCCUCCAAAAACUUGCGAAUUAUUGGCAAAAUGCUUCCAUAUGUGACACAAACUGGGUAUCUUGUGACUCCUGUAGUUGCUGAAGUUUUAAAUUAUGAAUCGUUCACUCCUGAUCUUAAUCCUUUGGAAGUUACAGAGAUCUUGCUUGUUCCUUUGGAAACGUUUCUACUGCAGAAAUAUCAUAAACGUACAGAAUUUCUCAUGAAAGAGAAAAUUGAUUACUUUGAAUUCGGAGAGGGAAAUGAAAAUAUCCACAUUAUCUUUGGUUUGACUGCUGUAAUAGCGACACAUGUCGCUUGCUUAUUAUUUGCCCGUCUUCCAGAGUUUAAGUAUCGACAAUGGAUAAAUGAUACAACAGGAUUUGAUAAGGAUAAAAUAUACAAUGAGCUAAUUCAACCAAGCAAACUGUAAUCAGAAUGGUAUAAAACUUACGUUUAGUCCAGCCCUACGUAACUUUCAGAACAUUGUCAUUAUAAGUUCCUUAACUUCCUUUGAACAUGUAGUUAUUGGGAGUGAGUGCCAAAAUAGUUGUUAAUCAAGAUAAAUGAAUAAAUGAAUAGGAUGGCUAGUACAAUAUACACUAAUUGAGACAGCAUCUUAAAAUGUAUAAUUGACUUAUUUAAAAUGUAAAUAUCUGAACAACACAACUGAAAUUAAAACCUACACAAACUAAAAUUA